UGUUGGGCUCUUGGACCGUCCAUUUUUUUUCAUCAGAAAAUAUUCCGACGCUUGAAAACGCAAAGUGAAAGUUCGAAACCCUAAUCGAAUCAAUCUCUAAAAGAAAGGAUUAACAAUGGCAGAUGAGGUGUUCAUCAGCGGAGCAACCAACGGCGACGAUCAAACGAACGAGAAUUUUUACGAUCUUGAUCGCGAGAACGAUAUCAAGAUUGCGGAGUUAACUCGAAAGGUUGGAGUUCUUGAGCAAGAGAAGGCCGACCUGAUUCGUGAAUAUGAUGGAGUGAAGCAGAGAGUCGAAAAAUUAACGGCGGAAAGUGAAGAAAUGAAAAGCGAUAAGGAUGAGAUGGAAAAGAAGUUGGAGGAAAUGAUGAGAGAGAUCGAACGAUCAGAAUCGGACAGGAAGGCUUUGGAUGUGAUCGGGGCAAGAGCAGUGGAGCUGGAGACUGAGGUGUCGCGAUUGCAGCACGAUCUGAUAUCGGCAUCGAGCGAAGCAGACGAAGCAAAUGCAGAGGUUAUGCAAUUAAAGAGAAUUCUCGAGGAGAAGGAACUGAGAGUGGAGAAUCUUGAGAAAGAGAAGGGAUUGAUCGAGAAAGAGAAAGGUGAGAAUGAAAGCAGACUUAGGGAUUUGGAGGAGAAAAUUAGAGUUAUGGAGGUGAAAGAAAGUAAGAUAAAUGAGGAGAAAAUCAAGAUAGAACAAGAGACCAAAGAGAAAAUUGAUGAGAAAGAGAGGGAGAUAUCUAAUCUGAAGUCAGAUAUUGAGGAAUUGAAAUCAUCGAUUGAGCAUUUAAAGAUGCAGCAGAAACAGGAUGAGGAGAUGAGGAACAAUGAAUUGAAGGAAGCUCUGAGAAAAUGCAAUGAGAAAGCGCAAUAUACGGAAUCAGCACUGGAUCAAGCGCUGGAAGAAGCAAGGGAAUUAAAGGUGGCGUCCAAGACACUACAGGACACACAAUAUGAAGGAGUUAAUGGGAUUGCAUCGGAUUCUGAUACAGGGGACGUGGAGGAAAGACCUUUGGGGUUCAAGUGGCAAGUGGCAAUAUUCACCGGCGCUAUUACUGCUGCAGCUGCGGUGUGCUAUCUCCGCUAUAGAAGGCAAAGGUGAGAUUAGUUGGUAGAAAGCAAAGCAAAGGGCAAGAUGAAGAAAGAUUUAAGGUUAGGAUUUUUUGAACUGCCUACGUGGUUUUUUUUUUUUUUCGUUUGAGCCUGUGGAUCUUGCUGGACUCUAAUUUUCGUCUGGGUUGUUACGUGUUUGCUUGUAGACUUGAUUGGUGCUAGAUAUAAACCUUUUUUUUUCAAUAAUAUGAAGUACUGCUACUGCAAUAUGUCUUACUGAACCAA